GCUAGCUCCUCGUCGUUCGGCCCGCUCUUCCUCCUCUUGCCGAGACCAUGUGCGCGUCCCCCAACUCCGUGUACGGGUUUUCGGGCCGGCUGCUCCGCAGCGGCGAGCCCUUCAGCCUGGCCGCCCUGCGGGGUAAAGUGCUGCUCAUCGAGAACGUGGCGUCGCUCUGAGGCACAACGGUCCGGGACUACACCCAGAUGAACGAGCUGCAGAGCCUCUACGGGCCCCGCGGACUCGCCGUGCUCGGCUUCCCCUGCAACCAGUUUGGCCAUCAGGAAAAUGCCAAGAACGAAGAGAUUCUGAAUUCCCUGAAGUAUGUCCGGCCAGGGAACGGGUUUGAGCCUAACUUCACGAUGUUUGAAAAGUGUGAGGUGAAUGGGGAGAAAGCACAUCCACUCUUUGCUUUCCUGAGGGAGUCGCUGCCGACUCCAAGUGAUGACCCGACAUCUCUGAUGAAUGACCCGAAGUUCAUCACCUGGUCUCCGGUGUGCAGGAAUGACAUCUCCUGGAAUUUUGAGAAGUUCCUUGUCGGUCCCGAUGGCGUGCCAGUGAAGAGGUACAGCAGGCGCUUUGAAACCAUCAAUAUUAAAGAAGAUAUAGAGGUGCUUCUUGGUCAGAUGUCCAGGGAAGGUUAAGCUACUUUCAGAGCAUUUCCAGUUAUUCCUUAGCCCUGGCUUCACAGCCUCUGAUGGCUAGCCCUUUGAGCUGAUUGCUUUCUCGGAGACAGAUGAGCUGUCUGUCUGCUGGUACGGUGCUAUUUGCCCAUGGGGGAGAUCUCAUUUAUGAUGGUGCUCCUUCUAAACCUUUACGGAAGAGCACUUGAUGGAUCCUGAGGAAACUCCAUGUGCAUUAGGUAGCAGCGUACCAGACCAGCUACAGUCCUCAAUCUGUCACUGUAACCAAAGGCUUUCUCUUAAUAAAGCUGCAGAGUGAAGCAUG